GAGUCAGUCAGAGUCGUUUCGCUUACGUUCACCUGCCACUCGCCAUGGCUGCGCCCGCUGUAUCCUCUUCCGAGGCCAUCAUUUUCUAUGAUCUCCUGAGUACGGCCCCAGGAAAAGCCUGGUCGCCCAACACUUGGAAGACAAGGUUCGCACUGAACUACAAGGGCCUGCCCUACAAGACCGUCUGGGUGGAGUAUCCCGACGUCGCAGGUGUCUGCAACGAGAUCGGCGCUUCACCGACGGACACCUGGCCAGAUGGCUCUCCUUGGUACACGCUCCCGGCCAUCUACGACCCGAACACGAAGACAACCGUCUCCGACUCGGCUAUGAUAGCCAGAUACCUCGACAAGACCUAUCCCGACACGCCCGUGCUCAUUCCCCCAGAGACGGACGCCUUCCACGCGGCCUUCCAGGAGGUAUUUCUCCUGACGAUCCAGAAGAGUAUACUCCCUCUCCUACUCCCACCGAGCGUAACAGUCCUCAAUCCGCCAAGCGCCGCAUACUUCCGCAGGACGCGCGAGAUGCUAUACAGCAAGCCGCUGGAGGAGUUCUCGCCUGACGGGCCAGUUCGCGAGGGAUACUGGCAGGAGCUGCAGGCAGGCUUUGCAAAGCUGGCGCAGUGGAUGUCCGCAAAUGGGCAGGACAAGCCUUUCUUCAUGGAUGAGAAGAUAUGCCACGCCGACUUGUUGAUCGCCGGCUGGUUGAAGUGGGCGAAGACGGUUUGGGGACCAGAUAGCACAGAGUGGGCCACGAUCAUGCAGUGGGACAGCGGAAAGUGGGCAAGGUUCAUGGCGUCCUUUGAGCCGUACGAGGUAGUUGAUGCUUGAGACCAGUUCAUCAAACAGUAGCACCUUAGUCACGUACCAAGCAAAGAAACGCAGUUUAGACACGCGGUACAACCAGCUCCUUGGAGGUCGACCAGGAGCUGUAUAGGUCUGCUUCGAAGUCACUCGCCUGUCAAAUCGCAGUCGUGCCGUAUGAGUUUCUCC